AUGGAGGAGGAUUUUCAAUGUAACAUUUUAUCCGAUAACAGUUAAGAUGAUAUUAUAUUGAAAAAUAAAUAAACUAAUUAAUUGACAAUAGAAAUUGAAUAAAAAAUAUCAUUAGCAUAAUAAGACUCAUUAACAAAAAACAGCAAAAUUUUGGAUGAUGAAUUUGGAGUCGAUAUCAUUUCAUAGGACAGUUGGAAAAGUAUUCCCAUUAUAGAUCCAUAAAUGAGUAAUAUGAAUAACUAAUCAGGAUUAAAAAAAUAAAAUUAAACCUGUGAUUUUAGAUAAACAAUUCAAUAAGAAUAGAAAAAACCAGAUAUAACAAAUCAUUAUCUAGAAUAAUAAGAUGAAUUUUCCAAUUUUAAUAUUAUGCCCUCAAUAGAACCCAAAAAGUUUUCACAUAAAAAAAUAAAAUAAAAUAUUUUAUAAAAAUCAAAAAGCAAUAAUAAUGUGAUUUAAUAAUUGAAAUAUAUUGAUAGUGAUAACACAGAUGAAGUGGAUAGUGAAGAUGAUUAAAAAAACAAACCUUAAAAUAAUAAUAAUUAAUUAAAGGAUGAAAUUUAAGAUAAGAAAUAGGAAGAUUAAAUUAAAAGCAAAGAAUAAAAAUAAGCAUGGUUAUUAAAAAAUAAAAGAAAAAUACAUGAAAAUUAGGUUGAUAAGAAAGAUAAUGAAAUUUGGGAUUUCUUGGAGAUUGUAAAGGAUGAGCCAAAUUAACCUAACCUAUUUGAAUAAGGUUUAUUUAAAAGGAGUGAUUAUGGUAUUUAAACUACUAUAGAAUAACUUAAAUAACAAAAAUUCAAAAAGGAACUGCACAAAUCAGAUUUAAAAAGACUAUAACUUUCAUCUACAUUAAUGAUUCAGGAAUAAAAGAAAAAUGAAAUUCUAGACUCUACUUUUAUGGAGUUAUAAGCUCAAAAUAAUAAUAAUGGAAUUGAAGAUUUUUCUGAUCCAAAAGAUUUAAAAUAAAAUUUUGAAGUUAGCAAUGUCUUUAAUAAAAGAGUUGAAUCAUAAAAGGUAAAUCCGUGUGUUUAGAAACAUAUUAUCAAAAAUACAGAAAAUAAUCUUAUUGAAUCUUUGAAAAUUCCUUAAUAAUUGCAGGCAUCAGAUUAAUUUUAAUAAAUUAUUAAAGGUUCAAAUAUGAGAACAAUGCAUGACCAUCAAUCCCAAAAGAAUCUUUAAAAUUAACCUCAAUAAGUAUUAAAAAAACCUAAAGGAAAUGAAAUUAAUUUAAUUUAAUAAAAUCAAAGUAUUAAACAAGAGAAAAGGGACUUUAUAUAAAAAUGUGAUGAUCCUUCUAUUAGGCGCGAUAAAAAUGUUGAUAAAUCUCUUAAAUUAUCUGGAAGGGAUUACUCAAACAAUUAGAAAUAACAAAAAUAGUAGGAAGUUAAACAAUCAAAUAUGGAAUAAUAAUUAUAAAAGUAAUAAAGGUAAUAGGAAAGAUUUAAAAAUAAUCUCCAAAAUUUAGAUGCACAAUAACAAUAUUGUAGUUUAACAGAUAGAGAAAAGGGAAGGAUGAAAAAUGAUAUAUAAUCACAUACCUUAGAUAAUCUCUUAGGUUAAAGGGGAAUUGAAGAGUUGUUAAAUGAAGAUAAUAAUGAGUUUAGAUCAAUCAAAGUAGAAUAGAAGAAGACGGGUGAAUCUAAAAGAUUAUCUAAAUUUAAAAUGAUGUUAGAAAGCAAUACAGGACAAUCAUUUUAGACUGGAAGGCCUAUUUUUGAAUUUAAUAGAUUAUUGAAGUAUUUGUUUCUGAAAAAUUAUGAAAUUCCAGAUAUAGCAGAUUAAGAAUAAAAGAUAAUUCCGAAUAGAUUUGAAAGUGCAUUAGAAUACUGUAAAAUUUUUGAAUACUUAUUUUUAAAUGAGGCUUGUGCUUAAAUGAAAUAGGAGUUAAUAGAAUUUUUGAAAAAAAUAGAAAAGACUACCAAAUAUCGCAAAGCACAAAUAAAAAUAGAUGAAAAUGAUCAUGAAUCAGAAGGAUCUAUCUUUGUCAUGAGAGGACCUUAAACGAUUUAAUAAAAGGUACCUUAGGCAAAAAAUAAAUAGUAAACAGAAUUAGAGGGAAAUGAUUAAGGCUAUUAAGAAGAUUAGCUAUUUUGUUAUGAUAAUAUUAAAGAUGGAGUUUGUGAUUUAACUACUCACAAAAAUUUUGUUGUCUUGAUAACAAAUAAACUAAAAUUAAAGUUAAGAUAGAUUAAUUAAUUGCAAGGAGAAAAUAUGUGUUUUUUUGGUAUUCUGAUUGACCCAUAAAAAGCCUAGUAUUUGUAAUAAAUAAGAAUUCAAACCUUUGUAAAUAAAUAAAAUUUCAAUGUAAAUUAAUGGCAUAAUGUAUUUCUAUUUCCAUUUUCUAAACUUACUACUUUAAUCCGUGAAUAUUAGAUGAUAACAAAGUUAAACUAAAAAACUCCUUUAGCAGGAUUAAUUUAUAACCCCAGUACAUAAUAAUAACAGAUAGGUUCAGAUAUAGUAGGAAAUGGAACAGAUUAAUUUAAAAAUCAAAUCUAAAAUAAAGAUUUGUUAGACUCCUUUUUUUAGUUAGUUGAUGAAAAAUACAAUAAGAGCUAAGCAAAUUCAAUAAGAGAGAUUAUUUUAAAAGAAAAAGGAAUAUGUUUAGUAUAAGGACCGCCGGGUACAGGGAAAACGCAUUUAUUACUUGGACUAUUGUCGGGUGCAUAUGAAUAUAUGAAAUUGACAAAUAAAUUUCCAAAAAAGAAAAUAUUAAUCUGUACACCAUCUAAUGCAGCAAUAGAUGAGAUUAUAUUAAGAAUAGUUUAAAAAGGAGGGUUAUUCGAUUCAAAAGGCAAUUCUCGAUAAGCGAAUCUUAUUCGAAUUGGUUUACUUGACGAAGAAAACAUUCAUUCUGAAAUAAUAAAGAAGGUUUCUUUGGAAGACUUAGCAUAACACAAAUUAUUUUCAUCUAAAAAAUUUAAUGCUGAGCAGGAUUAAAAAACUACUGCAGAAUUAAGAAUUGAAUUAUGCUAGAUUUAGACUCAUGUGAAGAAAUUAGAAAAGAAAUUGACUUAGCAUGGCUUACCUUCUGAUGAGAGAAAAAUAAUAAAGGAACAAAUUAUGUAAUUUAAUGAUUUGAGAAAAACUAAGUAAGAGUACUUAGAGAAAACAAAGGAUAGUAAAAGAUUUCAUAAAGAAUUCUAUAAUUAAUUUUGUGAAAAAUUAUUGAAUGAUGCUGAAAUCAUCUUUAGUACUCUAAGUUCUAGUGGGUCUGAUAAAUUAUCUAAAUACUUGGAUUAAAUAGAAUUGUUGAUAGUAGAUGAAGCAGCCUAAUGUACUGAACCUUCUAAUAUCAUUCCUUUAAGAUUAGGAAUUAAAAAGAUGAUUUUGAUUGGAGAUCCUAAGCAGCUACCUGCUACAACAUUUUCACCCGUUUCCCAUUAAACAUUAUAUAACAGGAGUCUAUUUGAAAGGAUUCUAGAUAAUAAUGUUAAGCCUUAUUUCUUAGAUAUAUAAUAUAGAAUGCACUCUGAAAUCAGAAUGUUUCCAUCCGAGUAUUUCUAUUAGAAUAAGUUAAAAGAUCAUGAAUCAACAAAUACAAGAAAUUUACCAUCAAAGUUCUUUAAAAAUAGAGUUUUAUUCUUAGAUAUACUUGAUGGGUAAGAACAGAAGGAUGGAACAUCAAAUAUUAAUGAAUAAGAAGCAAUAGUUAUAGUUUAACUAAUAAAAUCAAUAAAAGAAGAAUUUCCAACUUAAACAAUCGGUGUGAUUUGUGCCUAUAAAUCAUAAGUUAGAUACAUAAAAACGUUGCUUAAAUAGAAAUUCUAGGAUGAAAACAUUUUUGAUGAGAAUACAAUAAGUAUCAAUACUGUUGAUUCAUUUUAAGGUUAAGAAGAAGACAUUAUAUUAUUUAGUUGUGUUCGUUCUUCUCAAACAGGUGGAAUAGGAUUCUUGAAUGAUGGAAGAAGAAUGAAUGUAGCUUUAACAAGAGCUAAAAAUGCACUUUUUAUACUUGGAAAUGCUAUUACUUUAUCAAAAAGUAAUUUGUGGAGAUCGAUGUUGAAAAAUAUAUAAUAAAGAAAGCUGUAUCGAAGGAUAGAAUCCUAUAAUUUUUAAUUUGAAUAAAUCUUGAAAGACCAAUGGAAUUAGAAUAAUAAAACACUGUCUCAAAAACUUAUUUGGUAUCUCAAUCAAACAUCUCAAGGAAACCAUGAAAAAUCAACAUAUACUAUAUCAGAUUUCCAAAUUGAAGUUACUGGGAAUCAAAAAACUAAUCCAAAUUAGAACCAAAAAAUUAUAAAGGAUACAACUCAAGAUGUCAAAAAUUAAUAAGAAAGUUCAAUAAGUUAUGACCAUAACUAUGGUGUAGAUUGUAAAGAGAAAGAGAGAAGCACUUCAGAAUAUUAAAUGUCUAAAUUGGAUAUAAGGAAUCAAAAAAGUCAUAAUAUUUAACAUUAAAUUAAAAAUUCAAAUAAUAUUAAUAAUAAAUUUCAUAUUUCAAAAGAUAAAAAAGUCUAACAAAAAAGAAAAGUUUAGGCAGAUGUUUAGUGGUAGAAGAACGAGUAUCCAAAUUAAGAAGACUUUGAUAUAAUAAAAAGUCUAGACUUUUUUUGA